GCCUGCUCCCACUGCUCCUCCUCCUCCUCCUAUACUCCGCUCUCUGACUCCGCGGCUCCUCAUUCACUAGAAGAUGGCGGACUGCGCUCCACUAUUAGAUGAGGAACUCUCGUCCUUUGUCUUCAAUUACCUGACAGAAAACUCCGGCAGCCAGUAUCACCUUCCGGCUCCAGCUCCAUGUUUAAAGGACAGAAAUGAGUGGUUUCAAGAAAGCAAAAUACAGUAUGGGGAGGAGGAGGUGUGUUCGGACCGUUUGGACACUGACUUCCCGGACAUCGACCUCUCCCAGCUGGACACCAGCGACUUUGACAGCGUCAACUGCCUCAGCGAGCUACAGUGGUGCAACGAUCAGCCGGCGGACGCGUCACCGGCCUCCAUCCACUACAGUACGGCGGAUGAGCUCUUUGAGAUAGAAGAGGAGAAUGCGGCUCUGCUCGCCGCUCUCACAGACAGUUUGGAUGGCAUGGUGGAUGCCGAGGUGGGCGGGCUCUCCGUCUUCCCCGCCCUCGGGGAGGAGCCUGAGCAGGAAGAGGAAGAAGAGGACAAUCUUCCUCUCAGCGCCGAGGACUUCAGCCAGUCCCUGGGGGCCGAGACAGAGGACCCAUCUCUAGUAAGCACAUUUCUGUUUAACGUCAGAUGUGGCGCUUUUUCUUUAUUUUAGCUUUGUUAUUGAGAUCACACUAAGCGGACAAACCUCUGAUCAUUUUCAUGUCCUCUCUGAGGGUCCCUGACCUCGCUCCCGAAGCCCGUAUCCGAACAUUUACCCCCUUUAACGACUUGAUGCCUUCACCUCAAACACCUCGUGUUUCUUUUUAAUCGGUUGUGUUCAAAUCAAAAAGUCAGCUCAAAAACUGUCGCCCGUUGAAGUGGAGCCUUUCAUACGCGCUUCAAACACCAUCCAAACUCCCCCCUCUCACCCUCGCCACGCUGUGCCUCUCUUUUCCCAUGCUCUCCCUCUCUCGUUCUCCCCACUAUCUUAAUCUGUGUCGCGUUCGCUAACCUUGAUGUUCCCCUCGUUGGCCCUGCGAGGUUCAAAGUCUGCCUUCAACUCCAGGAAAACAGAGAGGCGCCGAGGCACACUGUAACCUUUCA